UUUUUUGCAGUGGAUUUCUGCAGCUCAGUAGAGUUGUACACUCCAGGAGAACUGACCGUAGAAAACGGCACUCAAGCCAAACUGUCCUGCACUUUCAAGUCAACUGAGGUGGUCCACAGCGGAACCGUCAUCAUAUGGAAGUUCAAAGAGGAUGGGAGCACAGCCGAUCCAGUGAAGAUCCUAGUGUAUAUGGGUGGGAAGCCCUACCUGUCGGACAGCCGCUUCACGGAACGCACCAGCUGGGCCGGGGACCUCAAUAAGAAGGACGCCUCCAUUCUGAUAGAUAAAGUGACUUUCAAAGACAACGGCACGUAUAUAUGCGAUGUCAUAAUACCCAAUGAUGUGGGGGGCAAACCCAAGGAACUGAAACUCCGCGUGGUGGAGAAAGCUGUCCAUUCUUCAACCCCGUUUUCCAUCCUUUUUUGCCAUUUUUUUGUUUGUUGUCUGGCUUCAUUUGCAACCCGUCACUCGGUAUUUGUCCCGAUCCUGCCCGUCUUGGCUUCCCACUGUGGGGGCAGCUGCAGCACGACUGAAAGCUUGAUGUCUCCCGUUAAGCAGCUGCCAAGCAAGUCACCCUCUGAUACGGAGGCUCUGGUUACCAAUGCGCCCACUGGAACCAUGCAGGGGCCAGUAAUCUACGCCCAGCUCGAUCACUCAGGAAAACCAGGCAACCAGGUCAACAAAUCAGAACGUGUGGUCUACGCUGACAUCCGGAAGGUCUGCUGA